CUUCUCCUUGGCGGCUUGCUUUUUCUCACCCCAUCCCCGAUUAGAGCUUGAUCGGCCAAAGGAGGCUCCUAACCCUCACACGCUAUCCCAUCGGGGUCUCGCCCUCUUACACCAGUGAGGGAACAAAGAUGGCCAGGCUCCGAUUGGCGACCUGGCCCCACCCGACUUCACCAUCCCCUUCUUCUCCUGACUCCAGACCGCUGGACUGCAUCAAACAAAGUCCCAGGUCUCCCCCUGAGUUAGUACCCAGUUCAUUCGAGGAGAAGAAAUACCACCAUUGCCCCAAGAUUCAGCUCCAACCAGAUACCACCAAUACCAUGGUCAGAAUCGCCCCCGGCCCGAGGGGUAAGAAUACCGCGUCACCGUCGACUAUGAUUGCCCUUGCCCAGAAAAUCAGUGCCGAAACAGAGAAGGUCGACGCCUACUUCAGGGAUAAGGGUCUCCCGGCUCCGAGCUUCGACGUCGAUGCGCCCAGUGACUUUCCGAAAAUGCCAGACGACAUCUCUAGAAGUCGUAGGGAGGUCAUUCACGCCACCCAGGAGCUUCACGACCUCAUGAUUGGCCCUAGGGAAUCCGUACGAUGGAUGGCUUGGGAUUUCAUGAGCACGCAAUGUCUACAGCUCAUAAACCAUUACGGAAUCGCCCAGCUCGUGCCACUCGACGGCAGCAUCACGCUGGCGCAGCUGGAGGCCAAGACGACGCUCGACCCGAUCAACCUGGCGCGGGUGGUGCGGUACGGGGCGACAAACCGACUGUUCCAGGAGCCGCGGCCAGGUGUGAUCGCGCACACGGCAGCGUCGCGGCUACUCGUCGAGGACCCGUCGCUGCGGGCGUGGGUCGGGUUCAACACGGAGGACCUGUACCCAGCGUCAGCGCACGUGCUCGACGCGCUGCGACGCUUCCCCGAGGCGACGAGCCUGCAGCGCACCGGCUUCAACGUCGCCUUCAACACGAUCGACCAAGAGCCCAUGUUUGUCACGUUCGGGCGUGACGCCGAGCGGGCCCGCCGCAUGGGGAACGCCAUGCGCAGCCUCACGGGUGGCGAGGGUUACGAGCUUGCACACCUGACUACAGUCACGACAACAACGACCACGGGGGCGGGGCAAGGGGCCGCGGCGACGACGGCGACAGGCCCUUUGCUCGACCUCGCGGCAGAGGACGCCCGCGGCGGUACGUUGGUCGACGUCGGCGGAAGCCACGGAUUUGCGUGCGCGCACCUGGCGGAACGGUACAGGGGGAUCCAGUUUGUGGUGCAGGACCUGGCACGGACGGUGGAGAGUGCGCCGCGGCCGGCGCACGCGGACGCGCAGGUAGCGCGGCGGAUCCAGUUCGAGGCGCACGACUUCUUCACGGAGCAGCCGGUGCGGGGCGCCGACGUGUACUUCCUGCGGUGGAUCAUGCACAACUACUCGACGCCGUAUGCGGUGCGCAUCCUGCGCAACCUCGUACCGGCGCUGAAGCCCGGCGCCCGCGUCGUCAUCAACGACCACUGCCUCCGCGAGCCCGGCGAAGAGGACCCCUGGGACGAGCGCCACAUCCGCGGUAUGGACCUCGUCAUGAUGACCCUGCUCAACGCCCAGGAGCGCGGGGAGCACGACUUCAGGCGCCUCUUCGAGAUGGCCGGGGACCACUUCGUCUUCAAGGGGGUCACCAGGGCAAAGGAUUGUCGCAUGAGUAUUAUCGAAGCAGUGUGGGAGCCGAAUGAAGCUAUCGACGAGGUCUCUCACCCAAGACAUGAGCGAUCGAGUCUGCCACUCUAACAGUUGGCGGCACAUCUUGACACGUCGAGGAGAGCGUAGGCGAUAUACGUCAUAAGGCGCAUCGAUAGCUCGAAGCCGCUUGAAGGGAGGAAUGUCGGCGUAGUUGUUGAUGCAUAGCCGGAGGCAGAUGUCUGCGUGCGAGAAUUUCCCGCUUGUCCUUUUCCAAAAUAUUCUUCCUCCAUCCCGUUAGUUGGUUUCCUCCGAUGACCUUGAUACCCUCUUUCCCCGGCUCUUCGAAAGACCUAUUGCCGAAAACG